AUGGCCGAAACCAAUCCUAAGGUGCUUUCCAAUAGCACCUUAUACGAAGACAUCGUACUUCGUCGGACUGUCUGUACCUCAUACAACGUAGGUACCACGCGGUUGGUCUUCACCAUAGAUCGACCUUUGAGCUGCAGCUAUGCCGCCCAGUCGCUCACUCAGGAUCCAGGAACCUGGGCACCUACUCAGUCCGUCCUGUUUGUCCAGGACAGGUCCCGCUACUUUGUACGAUCACCCUCCCGGCUGACCCCUCGUUCCCCCUCUUCCCCUUCUCCGCUCGCGUCUUCCGGUCUCUCAGUCGCAGAUUCUCGCCAGAUAGAUCCCACGACAUCGACCCGCCGUCCUACACCUCACCACCUCCACUUCCUGCCUGCUUCUGCUCUCUCCACCUCAGUUACUUCACCUCCUUCUCCUGCUGCUGCUACUGCUAUUUUCGAACCGGCUGUGAGUUCAGACGAAUGCAACACAACACAAGAUAGCCCGGACCAAGACGAGAGAACCGGUUCAAUAAGACAACCAACCAACCAACCAACCGCCUGGCCCUCACUCAACAAGGCAUCUCCAGACGAGCAAAGAGAGGGUCGACUCUGUAGCGGGCUUCCUGGUACGUACUCAAACUCGUCUUGUCGUCUCAACGUCAUGUCCAUUCCGCCUUCCCGCCUGUGUCUAUCGUCCCGAGCCAACAUCGUCGCCUCACAGCCCCCGUCCUCGUCUCUCCCAUUCAUUACCUCUACCCCUCCCGGCCUCGUCGCCGUCCCCUUGCCCCCGUCUCCCCCUCCGUGCUUCAUAGGCACGCAAACAACACGGCAGCCCCCCUUCGACGAAGACGAACCCAAGCACAAGUAG